AUGUCGACCCCAGCAGAUAUUGAAGACAAGGAUGCGGUCAAAUUAGCUUCAGCAGCCUAUGCCCAAUCUCUACGGAUCCCGCCGUCUUCCAAGUUGCAGCUGCAGGCAGCAGAAUCUAUGACAGAAAGUGCCAUGCUGCGCUUGAAAGAAAUCGAAGUCACCAUCGAUACGUCGGGUUCCGAAGUUGACUCUAUUGCGAACGAGCUUGUUCCUCAACUCCAGAAACACACAGAACAGUUGACGAAUGUGUUUGCGCUGAUAGACAAGAUGGCAGAACAUAUAGAGAACGUCAAGACAUCAGUGAAUAAGAUGGAGGCUCGUUUGGAAGCUGCUGAAGCAGCAAAUGCCGGGCAGGUUGCGAUCAUCGGCCAUACAUGUUUUGGGUACUAA